ACUGCUGGGGUUUUGGUAUAUAAAGUAUUCUGAGUGCAUGCGUGCGAGUAUCUAACAAGUCACACAACCUCAGACUUUCGUACUACUCAUAUUGUUGAUCCUCUUCACUGUAGAUAGACAUUUUCGUUACACACAAUGGCCGAUCCGAAACCUCUGAAGAACAAGACCAUCCUAGUCACAGGAGCAGCCCAAGGACUUGGCGAGGUCAUCUCCGAGUACAUCGCAGCACGUGGCGCAAACUUAUCGCUAGCAGAUGUCCAGAAAACUAAACUCGAUGCUGCCGCAGAGCUUAUCAAAGAACUAUACCCGGAUAUCCAAGUCAUGACACAAGCCGUGGACAUCACGAAUCCAGAAAGUGUCGAAAACUGGGUCCUCGCAACACAAGAUAAGCUCGGAGAGAUCCAUGGGUGUGUAAACUGUGCCGGAAUCAUAGGCAAAGAUCCACGCCCAAUAACAGAUCUCAGUUUCGAGGAGUGGAACAAGGUCAUCAAUGUCAAUCUGACAGGUCUAUUCUGUUGUCUGAAAUAUCAACUGCGCGCUCUCGCCGACAACGGUAGCAUCGUUAACAUAUCGAGUGUUGCGGCUUUGCGAGGAUCGGUAUUUUACCCCGCGUAUGCUGCGUCUAAGCAAGGAAUCGUUGGAUUAUCGAAGGUCGCUGCUGCUGACCAUGCGCAUCGGGGUGUACGGGUGAAUGCUGUGUGCCCAGCCAUCGCAGAAACUCCCAUGUGGGAUCAAUUAUGUGAGCAAUCAGGCAACUUCCGCGCCGAAGACUUUCCGCAAUUAUUUAAGCGAUAUAUGAAGCCAGAGGAAGUCGCGUCGAUGGUAGGAUAUCUACUAGGUGACGAGAGCAAAUUUAUCACACGGACGACGAUAGCUGUUGAUGGUGGAUUUUCGGGUUGAGGGGGUCUUUUUAAGUAAGACCUAGUAUUUAGACGGGACAACGAUAUAUUUUAUGACUGUUAAUGGUAUCAAUUUUCUAUCAAAGAUUAUCGCCAUUUUUCGACGGUUUUGAUACCUUCGACUUUGUACUUCCUAACCCUUUUGAUAC